AUGGCUCAAGAAGUUGACCACAAGUUACUUAGAGAAGAUUUUGAUGCUGGUCCUUCUAGUUAUGAUGAAGUUAUUCCUGGUUUAUUUCUGGGAAAUCUUACAGCUGCCACAGAUAUCAAAUGGUUAAAAGAAACUAAAAUAAAUUAUAUACUUACAGUAGAUUCGUGUCCUUUACCUCGGAAGAUUCAAGAACUUUUGCCAAAUCUAACUGUAAUGUAUAUUCAAGUUACUGACCUGCCACGCGAGGAUCUCCUUACCCAUUUUGGAGAUUCAUACGAGUUUAUAAAUCAUGCGUUAGAAACAAGCAAUAGAAUAUUAGUGCACUGUUAUUUCGGUAUUUCCAGAUCUGCCACAUUAGUAAUUGCUUAUUUAAUGAAAAAAUAUGGGAAAAGUUUCUUCAACGCAUUUGAAGUUGUGAAAGAGAAGAGACAUUGUGUUGAACCUAAUGCUGGUUUCUUAGCCCAGCUGAAAUUGUACGAAGAAAUGAGUUUUGAUAUAGAUAACACUAAUGUACAAUUCAAAAUGUAUAGGUUACAAAUUGCGGCAGAUAAAGUUCGGAAAGCAAAAAUUUUACCACAAAACUGUGCAGAACUGAUAAAGCCAGAUCCAGCCCUUACUACAAUACGUCCAGAACCGACAGUUUAUCGUUGUAAAAAAUGUCGAAGAAUCGUGGCAAGUGUGAGUAAUAUUUUGCCACAUGUCCCAAAGGAAAAACAGAUAUGGAGGCAUAUAAGUACAAAGAGAACAUCUAAACAAUCAAAACCUGUGCACGAGCCUUUGGACUUACAAAAAAAGGAUGAGAACCAGCCUGUAGAGUUUUGUACUAAAAUACUCUUUGUCGAGCCUAUGGCUUGGAUGCCCGAUAUAACGCACAAUGUCGAGGGAAAAUUGAAUUGUCCAAAGUGCAGUACAAAGCUGGGUUCUUUUAGUUGGAUAGCAGGUAGUCAAUGUCCAUGCGGCAGCAAAAUAGCACCCGCGUUUUACUUAGUUCCCUCCAAAGUAGACUGGAGCAAUGCUGUGCAAAAUGUUCAAGUAACUGUAUAGUACUAGAGAUGUAUCUAUAUAUUUAAGAAGUUUUGGACGGACAAUUAACAUAUAUAAGAACACAUUUUUUAAACCUUUUUACGUGAUUGUAGUUUGUUUAGUAUUGUAACAAACGCAAAUGUGACCAACAACAUGUCUGUAAAAUUGGUAGUCUAAUUUUGUGCCAACGUUAACGUACUGUGUGUAUGUACAAAGAAUCGCAAUUUUAUGACUCUAAACAUUUCUUGCCGCAACGACUAAACGACCCGUUCUUCCAUAAUUUAAUUUUUGUAUUUAUAUACACA